AUGAUUUUAGCCAUUGCGUUUCUGUCCUUAGCAUUGUGUAGGGAGAGGAGUGAUUACAUUGUAAUGUUUGACCAGGAUCCAAGCAUGGACAAAGCAUCGAUGAGUGCACUAUACAGUAUGAACAUUCUUAAGGCGCAAAGCAUUCUUGAGCCCGAUGAAAGCAUUGAAAUAAAGAUAACCAAUGGGUUUGUUGCACGGAUGACCGAGUCCACUGCGGAGAAGAUGAAGAGACAUCCAAACGUGAAAAUGGUUGUUAGGGACACGCCGGUGGGGAUCAGUGGGGUCAAGGUUGACACUCCAGCUGGUACCUGGAUGGGAGGGAUUGUGAUGCAAAGGCAUGCGCCUUGGGGCCUGGCCAAGAUUGGGGGGAGUGCAUCCUUUGCCCGUGGAAACUACUACUAUCCCAUUAAUUCAGGGGAGGGUGUUGAUGUGUAUGUUCUGGAUACUGGAGUGGAAGUCAGCCACCCUGAAUUUGAGGGAAGAGCCAGAUGGGGAGCCAAUUUUGUUGCAGGAAGCUUGGAUGAGGACGAGCAUGGGCAUGGAACGCAUUGCGCAGGUGUUAUUGGAGGCAAGAAUUUUGGGAUAUCCAAGGAAUCAAGUAUCAUCGCCGUCAAAGUUCUUGACAAACAUGGAUCUGGGAUGACCUCAAGACUUCUCCAGGGGCUUGAUUUUGUGAUCAAGGAGCAUGAAAGGAAGAAGGACGAUCUUUACAGUGCAGCAGCCAACGAAUACCUUAGCUCUAGCGGAUCCUCGGACAUUGAUAUAGAGAUAAGCGACCCCGAGAGUUUUUCUUUCCUUCGAUCCAGAGUGCCGUCAGUACAGCGGCUAGUGGACACUAUUUCUGAGAAAACCCUGGAGCCAAAGACCAUUGUCAAUCUCAGUGUCGGAGGCCUUAGAAACAGGGCUCUCAACUUUGCAAUCGAAUAUGCAUCGAGACUAGGAAUACACUUUUCCACAGCAGCUGGUAACGAUCAUGAUGAUGCCUGUGAUUUUUCUCCAGGGUCCUCAAAAGCAAGUAUAACAACAGGUGCAUCUACAUACAGAGAUACCGUUGCAUUCUUUAGCAACUUCGGGAAGUGUGUGAACAUCUUUGCACCCGGAGUGGAUAUACUCAGCUCAUGGAUAGGGGGAACACAGAAGAUCAUAUCUGGAACGUCGAUGGCAGCUCCUCAUACCACAGGAGUCAUGGCAGCAUAUCUUACAUAUUACGACUAUGACCCUCAAACACUCAAGCACCGUAUCAUAGGCGAUGCCCGAAUUGUAGAGGACAAAGAUAACAAUGGCUCCAACGACAAUGCCCUGUGGCCUUUUCCUGCACUGUUCAAUAGCAAUAGAAGAAAACUUCCUAUGUUAUCUAUGGAGAAACUGCUGAGGAGAAUCAAGAAUAAAAUAUAA